AUGAGAGAUCGGCCUGUCAUCAGCAUCGAAAAUUACACCAUAUACUGCGGCGAUGCUGAUGAGAACAAAGUAGGUGGCUGCGCGAUAGCUGUGAGGAACGAUUACAAGAACCUGGUGGAGGUAUUUGGCUCAACGUCGUCUAGAUGCGCCUUUUUACGACUGCGGGAUCGCAGAGGACGUAAACUCUGGAUCGUAAGUGCGCACGCACCUACGGAAACCGCUGAGGACAACAGUAAGGACGUCUUCUAUGAUGAACUCAAUGCGUUGAUGUCUAAUACCAAAUACCAAGCCAGCAGGUGGUUAUUGUCGGAAUCGACGCAAAUGCGAAGAUGGGAAUCGAACAGCAAUCCGAUGUGCUAG